AUGUCACAAACCUCAAGACCAAAAGCCUAUGAACUUCCUUGCAUAUUUAAUAGACUAGUUAGUCGUUAUGAUAAAAUCGGUCUAAGUGCUUGCAAAACAUCUGCGUCACAAACCUGGAGGCAUGCUAAUAGUCAAGCAGCAGCUAGGCGGCUCCCAUUAUUUCAGGCUUUUAUGCCUGAACUCACAGAUCUUCAAUCUAGUUUAAAGCUUGAAAGAACUGAAGAUCCAUUGAGAAGUCAAGCAAAUAGCGAAGAUGUAGAUAAUUUUGCUAACAUAAUUACAGAAUUAUUAGUGCAAAUAGAAACUAAAAAUGUGAAAAUAGUUGAGUUGAAAAAAAGAAUAGGCAAAUAUUGCGAGGAGAUAAUUAAAUUAGAGGAUCUAUACCAAAAACAAUGUAAAGUGAAUGAAGAACUUGUUAAACAGUGGAAUUCUCGACAUAGCGACCGGGAUAAACAUAUACAAGAAGUCAUUAAUAUCGUACAGCUUGAAAGAGAAUAUUUAUAUAAAGAUAUUGA